AUGUCCACUCCCGCGUCGCGGUCUAAAGACAGCAAUGAGGAGGCCAUGCCUCAAAAAGCUACAACUGGACCGUCAGCUUUAGCGACUUCUGCAACCGCUGGUGCGGAAAUAAACACUUCAAGUACUUCAUUACAGGAAUCACUAGCCCUGACCCGCUUUGUUACUGGGCUUUUACACUAUCCGAAGGAGAAUCUGGCGUAUGUCACAUCAACGAUAAGCCGGAAAGUGUCAAAAAUCCUGGGUAAGGAAAUGUUUACGCCCGAAAAAGAUAUUGGAGAUUUAGGGGGGAAAGUUAUACUCGUCACUGGCGGAAACUCUGGUCUUGGGAGAGAAACCAUCCUCGAACUGGCCAAACACAAUCCAUCUCGCAUCUACCUCGCAUCUCGAAACGAAGCCAAGGCUCUCAGCGCAAUAGCAGACAUAAAAUCCUCCUUCAACACCGAACAAUCCUCAACCAUUGACAUCCGCUUCCUCCCCCUGGACCUCUCAUCAUUCCAAUCCAUCCGCGCUGCCGCCUCCACCUUCAAAUCCGACAACCACCGUCUCGACACUCUAAUCCUCAACGCUGGCGUAAUGGGGUUACCCCCGUACACCACAGAGGAUGGCUACGAGAUCCAUUUCGGCACAAACUUCCUCGGCCACUUCCUCCUUACAAAGCUCCUAUUGCCCACCCUUCUCGAGACUGUGAAAAUGCCCCUUUCCCCACAACAACAAACAGCAGACGUGCGUGUAAUAUCCAUCUCAUCCCUAGCCUGGCAGCUGGCUCCAGCAUCCAAUCCCCUUGAAAACAUGACGUCCACACAAAAGCUCUUAUCCGCAAACACUUGGACACGCUACGGAACUUCCAAGGCCGGCAACGUCGUUCUCGCAGCCCAACUAGCCCGUCUCUAUCCGGAUAUCACAGCUGUAUCCGUGCACCCCGGUGUGAUCGAUACAAAUCUCUACUCAUCAUCCAAAACCCGCAAUCCAAUUGUAAGGUAUGGGAUGGCGGCAUUGGGUCCGUUUUUGACAGGGGAGAAAGAUGGGGCGCUUAAUCACUUAUGGGCCGCUGGGGUUGAGAAGGGGGUGUUGAAAAACGGAGCGUAUUAUGAGCCUGUCGGGGUUCAGGCCAGGAAUUGGUUUGCGAAUGAUAAAGCGCUUGGGGAGGAGUUGUGGAAGUGGGCGGAGGAGGAGGUUAAAGGGUGGGCUUGA